CCCCUUCCCCAGGAGAAAUCCACCCAUUCCGCCGCCUCCUCGCAGCUCGGAGAAUUUUUUUUUUCGAGAAUUCGAUCGAGAGCGAGCCACGCUUGCGUGCUUUGGAAGAAAAUCAUAUAUCAAGCAGCAGCAGCAGCUGUCGGAGAUGUCGCGGUACGUGGAGUUGCUGGACAUGGGGGUGCGCGUCGCGGCGAGGUUCCACUCCCACUGCCCGCAGACGGCGCGCAUGUACUACAAGCCGCCGCAGACGACGACGACGGCCGACGGCCGCCGCCGCCGCGGGGACGGCGCUGCGGGCAAGCAGGCGGCGGCCGGCUUCGACGCGGUCUCGUCCGCCACGGCGGCGCGCCCGUUCGCGGCGGCGGGAGAGGAACUCGGCGGCUUCCGCGCCACCGCGCCGUCGGGGUUUGACUUCGAGUUCGACACCGCGCAGGCCGUCGUCUACGACGUCGUCGCGUGAGCUAGGAGGAAUCGAUCGAUCGACCUUAGCUUCUGCUCGGAGAGGAUUGUUUUUUUUCUCCGGGAACAAUUUUUGACACAAGAGGGGAAUUUGAUUCCGUGAAGUGUAUAUAUGUACACUCCAUUCUUUUAUUUGAUUGAGAUUUGAUAGCUGAAAUUAAUGAAAGAAACAUUAUUUGGUUCA